AUGUCGAAAGUCUGGGACGUUUGUGUUCUCCUCCUUGGGGCCACACGCACUCGGGCACAGUUGAUUGGCGAUAAUUGUCUUCAGAUAGAGAACAUCAACUUUCUCCACGCGGCGCAUUACCGGCAGGAGAUUCAAGCGGUACUGGGAUCACCUCUCAACCAGGGAGCCGUCUGCCCCAAAUCUAUCGCCCAUCUUACCAGGGAGGAAAUGCCUCCCUUUGUACGGCCACGAGAGCUUCUGGCCAAGAUUGAUGGAAUGGACGCUGAGACCGGCUUCCAUCUCAAAUGUGUGCCAGACUCGUGCGAGCCAGAUAAAGACGGCAGACAGAGACCGAUGUACCACGCCCCAGGCUGCUCGGGCAGCUGUUCGUUGAUAGUACCCCCCAAGGAGUCAAUUCCCCAAUUCGACUCUAUCCUCUUCAGCCAGCGGCGAAUGCCGGCCGUUCGGGCGUAUAGUUACCUCGACAAGCGACGGUGGUGGGUUCCUGUGACACGAAAGACCAUGGCCGUAUCACAUCUCUGGCGCGAUGGGAUAUCCGGCACCCGAGAUGGGGGAAUGCAUGAAUGUCUCCAUCACCUGUUCUCUCGAAUCGCCCAAGAACAAGGUUUAGAUAGUUACUGGGUCGACUGUGCCACUAUCCCUGAGCAUCCACGGCAACGCCGGCUGAUGAUACAGCAUAUCAACUCAACGUUUCAGAUUGCUGGCUUCACACUCUGCAUGGAUAUCCGUAUCGCACAAGCAAAACUACCAGGCCUUGGAACACACGCCGGGGACGAUUCGAAUUCGAUGGCGACACACCAACAUGAUGAAAAAUUCCUGCUGGCGACAAUCACCUCAUUCUGGCAUCGACGUGCCUGGACACUCCUGGAAGGUCACAAGUCCUCUGAUAUUGUCUUCUAUCGUGAAUCAGGACAACACCUGAACCUAAAGGACGCACUUCACCGGGUGUUGAUGGACGAAAACACCAAGUGCCCCCUUUGGAUGCGCGCCUGUCUAGCCGAGUUUGAAGCCUACAUGGCCGAAGGAUUAACUCCUGAGGCUGCGGGAAUGUUACUUGCCACCCGUGCGGCUUCGAGAGCGGGCGACGCAGAGUUGAUCUGGCGCCUGCUCACCCAGCCUUAUACAACACAAGUCGCGUCGCGAGCAAUCAACCCCAAUCCAUGGCAUUUCAGCGAUACGGUCGACCUGGCCUUUAUUUGCUCCAAUGCCGAACGGUCCAUGCUCCCGGGAUACUGCUGGAUGCCGGCCCAGACUGGCGCCAUGGCCUGGGCGCGAAGGGCGCAUGGAGGAAUCCGAGCGGAGAUUGUCCGCACGACCAAUGUCCAUUUACGGAGUAAGUGGUAUGCGAAGCAUGGGAAGGCCGUCGAUCUGCAGAGUCUUAAACCGGCAUCCCAGAUUAAUGAAUCCUCCGCUGUGCAACACUUGAAGUGGAAACUCGAUAGCAGAGCGUUCGAUUUUCUCUUCGCCCACCCAGUCUCGCCAGCAGAUCAGGGCAAGCCACCCAAAACUGAUAAAGUUAUUGUCAUGACGCGGCCGUGUCAUGCGCUGCAUAGCUUCGGCCAGAAUAUCCUCGAGCCUCUGUGGCAUUGGGAGGCGAUGGUAGAGCUUGGAACGCCGGAGGAAUUUAAGGCUGAACAUAUAACGACUCUCAACAUCGGGUUCGAGCAUGACCAGACAGCUGCCUCUCUGAAAGAGCUAGAUCAACCACCUCCCCAAUCUCAUCCCCCCAGUAUGUGGCAAUCUGCGGAUUCGUUCUUCCUGUUCCUGCACAGUUUUCGAUAUCCCUUGGCCGUGAUAUUUAUUGCGAUGGCGUUUGUCCACGGUGUCGCAGCAGCCGACCCUGAUCAACCACAUGUCGACCACUCCGGCACCGUAAGCCUAUCAUACGUGCGCCUCCUUCCUCCACAGAACAUCCCGAAGAUUGUAUUCGAAUGGGCAGCACUCAUCCCGCUCGUCAUAUACCUCGCCAACGGCCGAAGCAACUACGAACUCGCCGGCGAAGUCCCCCUCCGCGGUCGCUUAUCCAUGAGCUUUAUCCCCAAACUGUUCGCGCUCGGCGGCGUGGCCAAUCUGCUCCGCCUGGGAGAGGUAUUCUUUGACUCUGCCAAUAACGAAGGCGAGAGCUUGACGGUAUAUGACGUCCAACAUGGAAAUGUCUUCCGCUGUUACAACAGCGCAGCGGCUUCGUUAGUUGGGGUGAUCGCCUGUAGGGGACAGCAUAGAAGGCCCCGAAUCAUAUCUGAGGCUGACCUUACAGAGUGGAUGCAUUCUAAUAGAGUAGAUCUCGAGCAACAGUUUCGCCUGGCUCGAUUCGGCGACCUACCGGGUUCUAGAUUUGAGGAAAUGUGCGAAAACCGGAAGAAAUAUGGACGAUGGCAGGUUUUAAAUGUCAUUCACGUCAUGAGAAUGGGCUCCCCUGGUAAUGGUAAGAGAAUACGUGGACUAGGAGGAGAAAGGGGCAGAUCCAGAGUCGGGUACAUUCUACAUUCAGACCUGUGGACUGGAAGCUUUGCCGCGUAUGCGGAAAUCAUUCUGACCAUGGCACUGGCGGUGCUGCUAUACAUGGCAGGAUGCCUUGGAUCAGGGUCUCUGGUGUUGAUCGGAGGUAUAUCGCGACUCUGCGCGCACAAAACCAUCAUCAGUCGUCCACCACAAUAUCUGUGGAAUCGAGAAAACUACGACAAGGGGUGUAUGCUUGUUGCGGUGCAUGAAAACGCUGCGGCCUGGACACUGUACCAUGGCGACCGGGGCUUGAUCGAUUCCCUUUUAAACAAGCCUAUGAUCGACCACCUAAAACCCAGCUGGAUGCGAAUCUUCUCCUACUAUUGGUUUCGGCUUGCGGAGGUUCUGCAGAUCAUUGCCAUGACGUUUAUUGCGGGCCAGAAGGGAUGGGACUCCCUGGUGCUUUUUGCGCUCAUCCUUGCUGUUGGAGGAUUCAGCAAACUAUGCGGCUAUAAUAUGCAUGCGGCCAACUGGCUGCGCAGGGAAGGGUUUGAGACAGUGGCAUUCCAAUGCGAGUUUCCAGGUAGAACAGAGUUGGCGGCUACAGUACAGAUGCUAGGCACGGAGAAGCGGACCGGCUGGAUGGAUGGGAUUAUUGCCCCUGUUCCGCGACGAGAGGUGCUCCUGAGAAGCCUGGGAUUGGUUAAUUGCCCUGUGGAAGUUGCUCAGGAAUUCUAUGAUCAGCUGGGGGCGAGCGACAAGGUGUGGGUGAUGUCGAAUUAUAUUCAGGUACAAGCGGCAACUGCCCUCAUCAAAACAAGGAUUGAGCGCAUUUUAGAGCCGUCAUCCCCUAUGCACAAAGCAUGA